AUGGUGGAUCCCGUGCCUGAAGAGGAGACGCUGGGAGCCGAGCCCGGAGGCUCAGAAGGGGACGAAGCCGCCGCGUCCGUGCCCCCUGACUCCCACGGCGCCCAGCAGCCCACGGCGUCUUCGGCCUCGGCCUCCGCCGUGGCGCCCCGUAAGGCUGAAGUCCCGUCCGCGGCCGAAGGCGGGCAGCGGGAGCAGUCCCCGCUGUUGCACCUCGACCUCUUCAACUUCGACUGUCCGGAGGCCGAGGGCAGCCGGUACGUGCUGACCAGCCCCCGCUCGCUCGAGGCCUGCGCCCGCUGCGCCGUUAAGCCUGUGGAGCUGCUGCCCCGGGCCCUGGCGGACCUGGUGCGCGAGGCCCCCGGCCGCUCGAUGCGAGUGGCCACUGGCCUGUACGAGGCGUACGAGGCGGAGCGGCGCGCCAAGCUGCAGCAGUGCCGGGCGGAGCGCGAGCGCAUCGUGCGCGAGGAGAAGCGGCGCCUCUUCACGCCGUUGGGCCCCGCGGCCGCCGCGGCCUCGGCCCCCAGCGCGGGCAGCAGCAGCAGCUGCAGCAGCGCGAGCCUCCCGGCCUCGCCCGCCCCGCGCGCCCCUCGAAAGGCCUCCUCCAGCCCGUCCCCGGCCCGGCCCCAACCCCCUCCGGCGGGGUCGCGGGCAGGUAGGAAGAGCCACUCACUGGACUCGCUGUCCCGCCGGCGGGAGGGCGCCCUCAGCUCCGAGUCCGGCGCGUCGUCGUCGUCCUACAGCGGAGAGAGCCUGCGGGAACUGCACUGGCCGCCGCGGGCCUCGGCCAGGAACAGCUGCGCGGCGGGGUCGGCGGCCUCGGCUCCUAACCCCCUGGGCCGCCCAUCCGCCCUGGCCCUGGUUCCGCUCACCGGCCGCAGCUUCAGCCUCGGCGACCUGAGCCACUCGCCCCAGACAGCUCAGCACGUGGAGCGCAUCGUGCGCCAAGUGCGCGCCGAGCGGGGUCUGCGCGGGGUGCCGGAGCGCGACCGGAAGAUCGCGGCGCUGAUGUUGGCGAGGCACCAGGAGGAGCGCCUGCUGCUGGAGCAGCGCGCCGCGGCCCACGGCCAGUGGGAGCAGCAGCGCGUCCGCGCCGAGCAGCGGCGGGAGCGCGAGGAGCGCGAGAAGCAGCGCGCCCUGGAGCAGGGCCGCCGGGCCUGGGCGGCGCAGGUGGAGGAGCGGCGCGGCCGCCGAGGUCGCGAGGAACGCGAGGAGGCGCGGCGCCGGCAGCGGCAGUGCGAGCGCAGCGAGGAGCGGCGGCGGGAGCUGGCCGAGCGCCAGGGACUGCUGCGGCGAGAGCGAGCGGAGCGCGCGGCCCGGGAGGACCGGCAGCGCAAGCUGCAGCAGGAACAGAACCUGAAGCAGCGGGAGGAGGGCCUGCAGGAGGUGCGCGAGCGGGCCGAGCAGGUCCGCAGGGAGCGCGCUAAGCGCGCGGCCCAGGUCAAGCAGCAGCAGGAGGGCCAGUUGCAGCGGGAGAAGCGGGAGCUCAGCAGGGCGGAGCGGGCGCGCCACGAGGCGUUGCUGAAAGGUCGGGCCCGGCAGGAACGCCAGGAGCGCGAGGGCCUGCGGAGCUCCCUGGAGGCCAGCUUGGGACGCGCGCAGGAGAACUAUGAGCAGUUGGUGGAGCAGCGCACCCGGGAGCUGCGCGAAAGGGCCCGGCGGGAGGAGCUGCAGGGCCGGAGGGCCAAGGAGGCUGCUGAGCGCAAGGAGCGGGAGCAUCAGGCGCACCUGGAGGCGCUGGCCCGGGCAGGCGAGCGGCGGCUGCAGCACGCGGCGCAGGCGGCCGAGGAGGCGGUGCAGCAGAAGGCGCGGCGCGUGGGCCAGAGCCGGAUGGAGAAGGAGCGGGCCCAGCGCGCCAACAAGGAGAAGGUGGAGAGGGACGAAGACUGCCGCCGGCGGGAGCUGCUCCAAGCCAUCGGUCGCAAGCUGGAGCGCAGCGAGCAGCUGUCUCGGGAGCGGCGCAGCGCGCUGGAGAGCGCUCGCUCCACAGCCCGCGCCUCCUUCCACGUGCGCGAGAAGGUGCGCCAGGAGACCAACACGCGCUCCUUCGAUCGCAUGGUGCGCGAGGCCCAGCUGCACGCCAACCUGGACCGUAAAUGA